AUGUCGAUAUCGUCCAUGCUGGGUGGCCCCCCAACAGCACGCGAGCCAGCUGCACCUUCUUCGUACCACCAAGCACCGGCAUCGACUGCUCCUGGCCCUCCGUACAACCAACCCAUCCACGCAUCCCCUCGAACGACAGCCGCUGAGUAUCCGGGAUACCGGGGACCUCAGACCCCGGAACAUCACAGGAUCUACGAGAACCGGGACCCUAGAGCAUCUACCGUCACAUCGCCUCCCGCAUACCAUUCCACCCCUGAGCUACAACGGUAUGGCACACCACAGGCGUAUCCGCAGAGAGGUCCUCCAUUGCCGCCGGGGGAACAAGCGAGAGAGCAGGGGCAGGCACGAAUGGCUGGUGGCACAGCGCCUCCUGGACCGAUGAGCCCGCCAAGACCGUACCCGAACGUCGGCCCGUCGCGCGCAGGCGACCCAGGCAGGGCCACGACCGAGAUGUAUACGCGCCGGGAGGAGCUACGGCCCUCGGAGGAGUACAACCCCGAGCGUCCUAUCAGGGUGAUGAAGUAUGAAGACCAAAGGUACAUGUCGGACAGAGAGCGGCAGGAGCUGGAGCGCCAGGAACGUGAACGCCAGGAACGUGAACGCCAGGAGCGGGAAAUGGAGUUUCGCGAGAGAGAGCGACGUAAUAUGGGCAUGUCCGGGGUUGAGCCAGCUCGGGCGCAAGAAAUGCAUCAACAGGAAUAUGCACGACUUAUGGAGCAGCGCGCGCAGAUGGAACAGCGGACACAGCAAUACGGUCGCCCGCCAGACCCCAGAGAUCAAAGUCACUGGCCAAGGCCGGGCUACGAGGCGGGACGGGCUCCUUAUGACCCUGCUAUGCAACCUUCGAGGCCUCAAGAGUAUCCGCCAAAUACAGGGCCUCAGUAUAACGGACCACAUCCAUAUACAUCCGGUCCAGGCGACCGCCAUCAUGCGCAUCCACAGCUUCACCAGCAUCAUCAACACAGCCUUCCUCCCCCGGGCCCGGCACACGCCCAAGUGUACGAGUCCCCGGACCGGCAGCGCAUGAGCGUAAUGCAUAUGGACAGACCCCAGCAACAGCAGGCGACUGUGCGUCCACGAGAUGACUCCGCCGUCCCCCCUCCGUCCGUCGCCUACGGUGGCAUAGGACCUUCGAUAUACGAGCCACCACGGAACCGAAGCAUCGAGGAGAUCGGUACACCGCACGGUCACCAGCGGAGCUUGCUUUCGGUUCAGGAGAUGAACCGCAAAGGCCGGAUCUCUCCGCUUCCGCAAGCCGUGCAGGGGGCUCAGCCACAGCUCGCCGGCCCUACCGGUGAACCGGGCAUCAAGAGUGAAUUUGGUCGCAUGUUCUCCGGUAUAGGAACCGGAGUCGGCACGCUCUCAAGCCCUGUCCCGGCAGGCGCCCAGCUCGCAUACGGUUCUGCCGGAUUGCUCCGCCGCGAUGACUUAGAUAACGCCCCUCAAGAGGUGCCAGUAGAAGUGGUAAAAGCAACCGGGCGGGGGAAGCGGAAGAAGCUGAAAGAGGAGGACGAUGAGAGCAGCACCGGACGGCUGACCCCAGUAGGAGGCCGAGCGAAGAAGGCAAAGCCGCACCCGCACCACCAUCACCACCAUCACCAUCACCACCAUCAUCAUAAUCUAGAGCAAGUCGCAUCCCCCGCACUUGCCGGCGGGACCCCGUUCAGAAACCUCAAGGGCUCCACACCAGUUCCUUCAACAUCGGGCCUUGCCAAAGAUCUACCACAGAACCAUCCUCCGCAGCACCAUCAUCAUCACCAUCACCAUCACGCUCCCAUUCGGUCCACCCAGUCAAGUGCCAGGGCUGCCCCGCCGGCCCGGAGUCCGUCGCCGGUGAUUCUGCCGAAGCCGAAACAGAUCGUCACCUCCAAGGCAGUCCUCGAGAGCGUGGCUGACCGGCCGCGAACCCACCUCGGCGAUGUCGUGUACGAGCCAGUUCUGAAGCGAGCGCGCUUACAAGAUCCACGUACCGGACGCCCGCCCCGCAGCGGUUACAAAUCCAGUCCAAAACCGCUGCCAUGGGACCUAAUCGAGGGCAAGGAGAACUGCACAUUGACGAUGAAGAUCGGCAAGGAACAUCUGACUCGGGAUGCGCGCGAAGAAAUCACAUCGAGACGUGCGCUCUGGGGUACGGAUGUGUACACAGACGACUCGGACGUGAUCGCGGCUUGCAUCCACGCAGGCUGGAUCAGGGGCGAGUGGCCCGAGGACGUGGAUGUAAGCAUGUUGGGCCUUGACGAGGGGUACAGCGUGUCGGACGUACCGCGCUUGUUGAGCGGCCAACGAAACGGCGCCAAGGACAACAACAAAUCUGGGCGCAUGCAGCAGCAACCGGGACCCAAUGCGGUCCUAACCGAACCGCCCAAGACCGGGCCGAUGCCGGUGCCUGAAAACCGUGAUCUCCACGUAACGCUGCUAAUUUUGCCGCGGCUGGAGAAAUACUCGUCGAGCACCCGGUUCGGUAUCAAGUCCCGCGAAUUCGGCGGCUUCGUCGGCGGGGAGAAUGGCGAGCCCCGCCAACGCGUCGUCCAUGACGGGAUCAGUUUCAUGAUUAUUGGCCUCCGGUGGGUCACGAACGGGGCCAAGCUGCAAGGACAGUACCGGGGCAAGGCCAGGCGGGAGAGGAUACGCAAGGCGCUAGCCGAGAUUGAGAUGGCGCCGGCGUGGAUCAGCCGGCCUUCCGUUGGGAAUAGUGAGGAGGGGCAGAGCCGAGAGAUCUCCCCAGGUUGGUGGAAGCAGCAGAGCGUGAGCAAGCCGCCUAGUGAGGGGGAUAAAGAGAAUAGGAGUCGGCGCGUGUCGCCGGAGGAGGGGGAGCACCAGCAGCAGCACCAGCAGGAGGACCAACAGGAGGACCAGCGGGACCAGCAGGUGGAGGCCGAGAAGAACCAAGAGCAAAGCAGUCGGCAGCAAGCCGACGGGAAAGGGGAAGUGGAAGAUACAGUCGAGACCCGGAAAGAUACCGAGCCCGCCAGUGCCGAGAAGCAAUCGGAGGGAGCUCAGGCGCAAAAUCUCGCUGAAGAGAGCGGGCCUUCGGAGACGCAGACCAACAAUAGCGCGGUCGCGGACAAACCCGAAACGGAGCCAGAGCUGGCGAAGGGUGGGUCGGAGAGCGUGGGCCACGAGAUGGCUCAGCCGGAGAAGGUUACUGAGGCUUGA